AUGGAAGAGCAGAGACCCAGGAGACCCAUUGAAAGGGAGAGACUGAAGUACAAAGGAAAGAAACCUCCUGCCGGCCAAGUUGGGACCAUCAGGGAUCUUCUGCCUCGGGCAGAUUUAUGUCAAAUUAAGCAGGAGGCAGAGGAGGGGCAGCUGGAGCAGCACUGGGAUGCCCAGAAGCAGGAUUUCCUGAAGACGAUGCAGCCCCCUCGUUCAGGGUGGGAAACCCCACAGGCUCCCAAUUUUCCCCACUCCAGGGAUGGUGUCCUCUCCUUCAGGGGAGCUGCGGAUGCCAGUCGGAGGCCCAGUGGGAGAGCAGGGGGGACAGACCAGACCCUGCUCCCAGACACUGAGGGGCUUCUUGGAAAGGUAAGUGCCCUCCUCUCACCUGGGUUUCCAGCACCUGGAGGUCACAGGUCCACUGCCUCUAGACAUGGAGGUUCUGUUUAGCUAUGGUGGUGAAUAUUCUUCCUUCUCCAUGCAAGGGCCACCCAUGUAUUCAGAGCAGUCCUUUGCAGAUUAACUCUUAAGUUCUAUGGGGUCUACUCUCAGGCCACUAAUGUGCAUACCAUGCCAGCCUUAGGAAGGGAGGUGGGACAGGCAGGUGAAAGAAAUUGCCAAAGGUGUUUGAAAAUGGGUGGGGGAUCUUGGGAAGGGGGUGCCCAAUUGGGGCUUCUCCAGGGGCAGCAGAAUGUCUUGGGCAGGAGAAUCCCUGCAGGGGCUCUCAGACUCCCUUGGCUUCUUCUUCUUCCCUCCCUCCCAGGAAGCUGCAGCUUGCUCUGGAUUCUGCGCUCCUCAGGAAGCUGAACCUGCAAACCUAGCUGAGACUGAACCUGCAACCCUGGGCAGGAUGGAAGGAGGAAGAUGGACGGUUGACCUGGUCAGGCUGUCUCCCGCAUCUCUCCCCGCAACGUCUGAGCAUUCCCUCCCAGGACCCUUGGAGAAAUCUGGUGAGUUCCAGGGAAGAGGAGAUGGGGACAGGGAUAGACGGAUGGUGGAGGGAGAAAGAGGAAAAGAUGAAGAGGAGACAAAUGGAAGGAAGUUCCUGACAGGAAGAAGGAAGGGGUGAGGCCUUCUCCGAAGCAACUCUUUGUUUCUUGAAUCCUUUUCCUAAAGUAGUGGGGGCAGAUUUUCUUCCUCCAGGCUUUGAAAUCUUAGGUGUUAUUUCCACGGCAGGAAUAAUUGAUGGUAAUGAUGUUGCACACCAAUCCUGAAAAAUGGGUGAAGUGGGAUGGAAAUGUUUCCCAUAAUUAUUUAUAAUUAAUGUACAUAAAUUGUUUCUAUUACUCUUAUUUUUUAUAGGCAGGGUCAGAAUCAUACAUUCCACCAGCAUCAAAACACAAUAGAUGCAUGCACCUCCCCAGUUUGGUGGGGUUAAGGGACAAAGGACCCGUUAUCAUGAUACACAAUUCCUGGGGCUGGAGGCUCUACACUUAGGAUUGGGCAUAUAAAGUCCAAGAGCGUCUGGUAUUAUAAGCAAAUUGUGCAAAAUUGCCAAUCUUACAGACUGGGGUUGUUUGUGAGAGUGAGUGGGAUAAUAAUUUUAGCGCCCCUGUGUAAAGGCUUGGUUCUCCCGCACAGACAUGAGACAACUCCAGUAGUAAUUAUCUCAAACUCAUAAAUCACUGUGGAGCUCAGUCUUCGGCCUGUUCAUCCCAGCUUGCAGUUGCCGAGUCCUCCAGCAAAGAAGCCCCCACUUUCGCUCUCUUUUCCCCUCUUCUCGCAGAUUCUCUCGAGCCUAAGAGUUUUUGGACAGGCUAUUUCUGGGGUCCCUGUGUCAGAGCUCAAACUGGAGCUAACAGUCUAUGCCCCGCCCCGGCACCCCCCUUCCUGUUCUUUGUUCUUUGCUCCUGCUGCAGCUUGGCUGCUCCUCCCCUGCUUCACUUUCCAACCGAAUCACAUCUCUUGCGUUCUCAGGCUCUGUCAGCGGAGGCACGAGAGGCUUGAGAUUCACAGAGCUGACACCCUGUAAUUUUGUCCGUCCCUAAGCUUCCAUGGAGAUACUGUGGUACAACCUUGGUGCAAAUUUCAACAUAAGUACACAAAGCCAACAAAGAGACUCAGAGGUUUAUAGUGGCACCAGCUUUCCUGGUCAAAAGUCCACUGACGUCUCUGCUCUGCCCUCGCGGUCCUAGGCAAUAAUGCUUCUUGAUACUAGUUUCUGGAAAGCACAGGAAGGCAGAGAAGACUCUUGUGCUCCAGUCCUGUUUGCCGGUUUCCCACAGGCAUCUGGUUGGCCUCUGUGAGAAGAGGAUGCUGGACUAGGUGGGCCUUUGCCUGAUCCAGAAGGCUCUUCUUAGGUUCCAAUAUAUUGCAAUAUUUCUACAGUUAAAUGUAGCACUUAAGUUUCACUUAUUUCACAUGGGAGACACUGUUACUCGAGCCUGAGAUCAUUCACUUGAGAAAUAAAAAUAGAGAUGUGUCUAACAAACCAGUUUCAGCAUAGAUCUGUAUUAUAAAAUGAUGCUGCCUUAUUAAGUUUGAAUAGAGUGAUCAUGUUUUGCUCUUGCCACUGUCUCAUCAGCUUUGCAAAAAAUUUGGAACCUAGAGAGGACAGUGGAGAAUGAAGGUGUUACAACGAGAGAAGGUGCAGAUUGGGAUGGACAGGUGUUCAGUUCCCUUUUUGUCUUUCUUGAAAGUCUAACAGGAUUCUCUUUCCUCCCAGACUCCCAAACAGGUGAGGAAGAUGAAAGUCAGAAUUCUAUGGAGCCACCUGUGAAAUUAUGGGGGAAAACAAAAAAAUUGAGGAUACAACAACAAACUCACAAAGGAGAUAAACGAUUUGAAUGUUUUGAAUGUGGAAAGAGCUUCAGUGAAAGUGGAAAACUUAGAAGACACCAACGAACUCACACGGGGGAGAAACCAUUUAAAUGUACUGUAUGUGAAAAGAGCUUCAGUCUUAGUGAAACACUUAGAAGACAUCAACGAACUCACACAGGGGAGAAACCAUAUAAAUGUAUUGAAUGUGGAAAUAGCUACAGUCAAAAUGGAUACCUUAGAAUACAUCAACGAACUCACACAGGGGAGAAACCAUUUAAAUGUAUUGAAUGUGGAAAGAGCUUCAGUGAUAGUGGAUCACUUAGAAUACACCAACGAACUCACACGGGGGAGAAACCAUUUAAAUGUAUGGAAUGUGGCAAGAGUUUCAGUGAUAGUGGAUCACUUAGAAUACACCAACGAACUCACACAGGGGAAAAACCAUAUAAUUGUAUUGAAUGUGGAAAGAGCUUCAGUCAAUAUGGACACCUUAGAAUACAUCAACGAACUCACACGGGGGAGAAACCAUUUAAAUGUAUUGAAUGUGGAAAGAGCUACAGUACAAGUGGAACCCUUAGAAUACACCAACGAACUCAUACAGGGGAAAAACCAUAUAAAUGUAUUGAAUGUGGAAAGAGCUACAGUGAAAAUGGAUACCUUAGAAUACAUCAACAAACUCACACAGGGGAGAAACCAAUUAAAUGUAUUGAAUGUGGAAAGAGUUUCAGCAAAAGUGGAGCACUUAGAGUACACCGACGAAUUCAUACAGGGGAGAAACCAUUUAAAUGUAUUGAAUGUGGAAAGAGUUUCAUUGAUAGUGGAUCACUUAGAAUACACCAACGAACUCACACAGGGGAAAACCAUAUAAUUGUAUUGAAUGUGGAAAGAGCUACAGUCAAAAUGAAACACUUAGAAGACACCAACGAACUCACACGGGGGAGAAACCAUUUGAAUGUUUGGAUUGUGGAAAGAACUUCAGUAGAAGUGAAAAUCUUAGAAGACAUCAACGAACUCACACGGGGGAGAAAGCAUUUAAAUGUAUUGAAUGUGGAAAGAGUUUCAGUGAUAGUGGAUCACUUAGAAUACACCAACGAACUCAUACAGGGGAGAAACCAUUUAAAUGUAUGGAAUGUGGCAAGAGUUUCAUUGAUAGUGGAUCACUUAGAAUACACCAACGAACUCACACAGGGGAAAAACCAUAUAAUUGUAUUGAAUGUGGAAAGAGCUACAGUCAAAAUGGAUCACUUAGAAAACACCAACGAAUUCACACGGGAGAGAAACCAUUUAAAUGUAUUGAAUGUGGAAAGAGCUACAGUCAAAAUGGAUACCUUAGAAUACAUCAACGAACUCACACAGGGGAAAAACCUCAGAUACUUUAA